AUAUAGGGUACUGUUAUCCUAAACCUCGAUCUAAGAUCAAGAGUUUUUGGAGCUGUAGAAAAUACAGUCCGUGCCAUGCAAUGAGUAAGCGGUUGACUGGACACUAUAGAGCGUAAACAUUUAUGUGGUUCUCAUGUAACUUAGUACAUAUAAAUGAAUGUUUGUAGAAGUAUAAUUAUACUCAGCUGCUGAAAUAGUACAGUGAACACAGUGAGAAAAUACAAAUACUUUCAGGAAAACAACUUCAACUAUAAACUGCUACUUCGGAAGAACAAUUAAGGAUCUGUUCUGUUCCAGAUUUGAAAGACACUGAAAGAAUGUAAGCAGCUGAUUCUGCAGCUGACGUCCUAUAGAGGUGACAUGCAAAGUAACCUGGUAAAAACAAGAAAGAUCAUUGCCUUCAUAUGGUGAAACGAAAACCAAAGACAGCUUCUCAGUGAAUUUGAUCAAGAUAAACUUGCCACAGAGUUAAAGACAGGGCACGAUGGCAAAGCAAUUUGCUUGCAAUUAUCUUCUAGCUGUGACAUGGAUUAUCUAUACAAUAGACUUUGUGAAUUGCCAGGAUGUUCUUGCACCAGGGGCACCAACCGUGAAUUCACUACAGUCAAACCUGAAAUAUUUCACCCUGGAUGAGGAUGUUACCCUGUAUUUUCAAAUAAAUGGACAACCAAAACCAAGAUGUCGCUAUCAUAAAGGUGGUGUUCCAGUUCAAUAUAGUGAGAAUAUUUUCCUGGAAAAUGAUGGGAAUAAUCUCCAGUUAAUAUCAGCCAAUGAGGAGAGUGAAGGAAUAUACCAUGUGACAUGUGUGAACAAAUAUGGAAUAGCAAUCUCCGACAGCGUUCAUCUCAAAAUGGCACGGAUAAAUCUUUACCACACCAUCGAGGAAACUCAGGUGAUGGUUCUGGCGGGAGACAAGCUUACCCUUCCAUGCAAGAGUCCCGAGAGUGUCCCAGAUACUGUACUACACUGGGAGUGGGCCACACCUACAGGGCGACUCACAUCAACUGAAAUCGUUGAAACUGAGAAUCAUGGGAUGGAUCAAGAGGGUAACUUCAGAUUUCUCAUGGCUCAGUACCAAGAUGGUUUCAUAAGUACACGUCAUUUAUAUGCCUGCGUUGCUACAAAUACGGUCCUCAACACACGAGUCGCCUCAGGGUUUUACAAUGUAACUGUUAUUGGAGGUACACCUUAUUGUGAUCACAACAGUGGUUUCUAUGGAAACAUCACCACAGGAAGUUGUUACAGUGGUGUCUCAAAAGCUGACAACAUGGAUACUGCUAUAGCAACAUGCGCUAGAUCUAAGGCUGUGCUGGUGAUGCCUAAGACUCAGAUGGAUAGAUAUUUUCUCCAUGAAAUCAUGAAUGUUGGGAUUUCAACUCGUGUAUUUGUCGGCAUGAGGUCCAUUAUUAUUGAUAGCAAUACUAAAUACACCUGGUUUGAUGGUACACCAUUUACAGAACGAGUAGUUCAGACUAGCGAGGUUUUAUUGGACUGUAUUGUGUAUGAUAUUGUCCGUAAGCAAUUCGUCGAUCAGCCUUGUGAAAGAGAGACCGAUGUCAUUUGUCAGACACACUUGAAGACAGAUAUUGAGGACUUUCCUACUGAGAUGUAUUACUCCACUGAGAGUCCUAUAGUGGCCUUAGAAGGGGAGUCGCUGGACCUGCAGUGCAUGUGUGCUGGUUCAAGAGGUGUAGAAUCAAGAUGGACUACUCCCACACAUCAAGACUACGAAGUGAAGCCACCGUUCAGUAGAGUGCUACAUUUUGAGUCAGUGAGACAAAUACAUGAGGGGAACUACACAUGUGACUGUAUUGAACUUGUAGAAGAUGAAUCAGGGGAGAUUAUGGAGGAACUCAAAAUGAAAACUUCAGCAACAUAUCAAGUUAUUGUAGAAAGUGCCCCAAAGCUGAGAAAUCUGCUACGAAAUCAGUUUGUACUUGAGGGUUAUGAUGCAGUUUUUAACUGUGAUGCAUACAGUAAUCCUAGGGCCCUGAUUACAUGGCUUGUUAAUGGGAAAGUCUUCAAGCAGAAUAAUUUUACAAGCACUACUGAUAGCUGCUGGACAUGCAGUGAUGCCUCAUCUAAUGAACAGUGCCAGGAAGAAGGAGAGCUUGUGCUAUGUAUUGAAGGGCUGAAGUGUUCCUGUGAGACAGAAAUUCGAUAUGACUCGGUGCGCUUGAGAAUCAACAAACGCGCCAAGCAGACGGAAGCCUGUCUAAAUAAUAUGGCAGGAAAUGAUCAAGGUUGCUAUGGAAACUCCAAAAAUCUAUUCUGCUAUUUUUGUUGUGUUGGAGAGAUAAAUGGUCGUCAAUGCAAUGAAUAUUUACCAGAUAAUUUACCUGCCAGGUUUCAAGAACUUAUUCCAGCUGAAGAUACAGCCUCUAUGUCUGUAAACAUUCCAACAAUGCCAUCACAAGUGACAUUCCCAAAAGUGAACAAAGAGUUUGACAUAAGAACAGUACAAUGUAACGUCAGUAAUAUCCAUGGUUAUGUGUUAUCAACUGCAGCUCUAUAUGUGGCAGAAAGAUCUACUAUCAAGAUUACACCUGAAAGCACUUAUUUAAGACAAAACACCCAGACAACAUUGAAAUGCAAAGUUACCCAUGAUCCUGUACUAGAGGUAGACAUUCAGUGGUUCAUUGAGGAUUAUCCAGUUGGUGGUAAUGAUGGGGAAAUGAAACCAGAUGGGUCUUUAGUGAUAUACAAUCCUAAUAACUGGGGAGUAUAUAAAUGCCAGGCAAGGACUGAACUUGAGGUCUUAAAUGCAACAGCAAAGGUGAAGAAGGCAGUUGAACUGGAUUGCCAAGAUGGCUACACACCGUUCCCUCCAGGGCAGAGCUACAUCUGUGUGAAGUUGUACAACGAAUCAAGUAGUUGGAGAGAUGCACUAGCAACAUGUCAACAGGAUUUCUCCCACCUUGCAUUCCUUAGCUCAUCUGAAGUAUCAAGUGCUGUGGGACAGUACUUGGUGUAUAGCAAUAUUAGUGCUGCAUGGAUAGGAAUGCAUGUGGAUGAUCUUAACAGAAUCGUGUGGGAAGAGAAAUACCGUAUUCAAUACACAACACCAAGAAACCUCGUAGGAUGGUACUUUCCACCUGGCCAACCUAACACUAAAUCAGGAAAGUGUGGUGCAAUUACUGGUGUCAAGACAACCUCCAUUGAAUUCAAAGAUUUCAGUGAAGACAGUGGAUGGCCAAAUGUGAGAAAAAAGCGCCAGUCUGAGGAGGAUGAGAGCAGAGAUGGGCUGAAGAUUGAAUUGCAGUCUUGUGAGAAGUCAUUGCCGUUUAUUUGCAUGAAUAGACCAAUUGAAAUAAGACUUGAAAAGACACCACUUUGUGAAGAAGGCUGGCUGGGUCACUAUCUGUCAGAUAAGUGUUAUUAUAUAGGAGACAAUGUAAGGUCUAAUUUCUCAACUGCUAGAGAUUCAUGCCGAACAAUGAAGAGUGAGUUGAUGAUGCCAAAGUCUCACAUGGACAUGAGGUUUGCAACAGCCGCAGUGGCCGAAGUCAGUUUCCAACUUGGUGAUGAUUGGGUGGCAUGGGUUGGACUUGUGCCUCGAGUAAAUGGAUCAUUUGGUGAAUUUGAUUGGCUUGAUGGUGAACCUCUAACGGGCUCAAUUCCAUUUGGAGAAGAUUAUGACUGUGUUUGGCUUGACACGAAUGGAGACCUCAAUGUAAGACCUUGCAGAGCGACCAGAGCAACUAUCUGUGAGAAACCAAGGCGUUCCAAAGGUCCUUCGAGAUUUACGGAGAGCCCUAACGGUGACAUUGUCAUAGAUAUAACUAAUAAGGAUUUCCCGAUAAUCACGUGUGAGAUUGAUCAGUAUUACUUCCCUGAUAUACCUGUAUUUCUUGGAUCAAAAAACAUGGGCUAUUUACCAAUGACUGGUUACCCGAGAGCUGAGUUUUCUUUUCUGGAAUAUGCUGAAAGCAUGCAACAACAACAGAUGUUUAUUCCAAUUACUAAACUUCAGGGAGAUUACUGGUGUGAAGCAUGGAGUCUUUCUCCUGUGGAUAGGAUUAUAUCAAGAACAUUCACCAUCACUGAUAAAGGUACUUUGACAUACGUUGGUAGUAUGAAAGUGCGGGGACAUCAGUUCGAUGCUGUAGAGGCAGAGAUGGUGCAGUUAAUACCUGAUUACAAUUCAAUAUAUAAGAGAAUUCUUACCACUACAACAUAUGGCAUAGCAGGCAAUGGCAUCAAUAUAGACAUGAAGCUGAAUGGAAUAAGGAAUGGCAGCGUUAUCAUAGAUUUUAACGUGUUCUAUAAGCUGGAUGGGCAACCUUCAUUCUCAGAGAUUGAUAUAUCCCAGACUCCCAAAGAUGAUGUCCCCGAGGCUGUCCGUGUGGCCUUAAAGGAGCAACUGAGGAGCUUUUAUACUGACCUAACACAAAAUGAUAUGGAUGUUGACCCUGAAACCCUUGAACUGAUGAACACAGCUUCCUGUGCCAGAUUAAGUGGCAGAAUGCCUGGCGGUCGUAACUACACAAUUCCAGCUACAAAUCUAGGAAAGGAGAGUUACAGCUUGGAAAUUUGUGUCCAAGAUGGCCGUAGUCUUGCCAAGGCAACAUGUGAGGGUUCCGCAGAGACUGGCACCAGGUGGUCUAAUGUUAUGUAUUAUAAUGCCAUCUAUGGGGCAGAGUGCAUUGAGGUUGAUACUUCACCUGUCACAAAAGAUUUGGAAACCAUAUCCAUAGAGCCUGUCAACAUUGACAAUGUGGAAGAUAUCGUUGAAGAAACAAAAAACUUGACAUCAAUUCCUGACAUCCUCACAUUUCCUGAUGUCAUCUACACGUCAAUGAUUCUAGAACAUGUUGCACAGGAACUUGACACCAGCGAAGAGACAACUGUCAAUUUUGUCAAAAUUGUGAAUAAUAUCCUUGGAGUUAAUAAGUCAAAAAUAUUAGAAGCUCAGAUACUUGCUAAUGCUUCAAAUAGAAUUGUGACAGCUCUGGAUCAGCAUGCUGCGAAUGUAAAUCUUGGAAUAAAGCCUUUUACACGUUACAUAGAGCCCAACAUUGCCCUGGAGGUAUGGGACACACAGGGUUUAUCAAACACUCCACGUGGUAUAAAAUCUACGACAAAUGGUAACCUCACGGAUUAUGAUGUCAUCACUGUUUAUGGUGAAGAUGAUUUAGAGGAUGAAGACAUUGAUGCCGCAAUUAUUCUCCCAAUUAAAAAAAUUCUUCCUGAUUUAGAUCUUAUAAGUCAGAGGCUGAGUUUUGCUGUUUACCAGAAAAAUGAUUUAUUUGUGACUCCGAAGAAUAAGGAAAACUUGGAGAAGCGUUUGAAUAGUCAUGUCAUAUCAGCUGCAAUAGAUGGCGUAGUUGUUGAGAAUCUUGAAAAACCAAUAAAAAUUAUAUUUAAACCAUUACAGAAAAACAAGUUUACUGCCUCCUGUGUCUAUUAUGAAUACACCAUGAACGAUAACAAAGGAGGAUGGUCAAAUAGAGGGAUGGAGAUGACAGACAUGCAAGAUGGCCAGUACAUGUGUACCUCUGACCAUCUCACAAACUUUGCAGUUCUUAUGGACUUUUCAGAGGAGGCGAUAUCUGAGAUUGAUCAACUUGUAUUGGGGAUCAUAUCAAAGAUUGGCUUGUCCAUUUCUAUAGCUGGAUUAGGCUUUGUGGUCCUCACAUUCAUCUUCUUCAAGAAAAUGAGGAAAGCAAGGAGUCAGAAAGUACUGUUCAAUCUUGCUCUUGCUCUUCUCUGCUCAAACCUGGUCUUCCUGUUCGGUAUUGAGCAAACAAGCAACUAUAUAGCUUGUCUUGCCAUAGCUGCCCUGUUGCAUUAUUUCAUAAUGGUGACAUUCGCCUGGAUGCUGGUAGAAGGGAUCGUGCAAUAUUUGAACUUCGUCAAGGUGAUGGGAACCUACAUUCCACGUUUCAUGAGAAAGACUGUUUUCCCUUGUUGGUUGGUCCCUCUUGUGCCUGUGAUAGUUGUGCUUGCAGUAGACUACAACCUCUACAGGGGAGGGGAUCCUUACUGCUGGAUGGCACUCUAUCCAUUCUAUUUUGCAUUCUUGAUCCCCAUUGGUGUGAUCAUAAUCAUCAACCUGAUUAUAUUUACCCUGGUACUAAAGGGAAUUACAUGUGAUCGCCAGACCUCAGGACUCAGGGUAAAUAAAAGCCGUAAUGACAUGCGACUUCUCGAGUUCAAUGCAGCAUUUGCAGUGUUUGUUGUACUUGGACUGACUUGGGUAUUUGGAUUCUUUGCCAUAAAUGAAGCUCGUAUUAUAUUCCAAUACCUCUUCUGCAUUUUCAAUUCCAUCCAAGGCUUCCUUAUAUUCGUAUUCCACUGUAUACGUGAGAAACAUGUCAGGGACAUGUGGUACGCAUGCUGCUGUCCUAAAAAGCGUGGAGAAAAGAAAUACCAUUCUGUGACGGGAAGUACAGCAAAUUCCAAAACUGACCAAUCAAAAGACACUAGGACGUCCAACAUUUCGAGCACUGGAUCGCACCAUGUGGAUAUCCCUCGCAAAGGAAACAGCAUUAGUGACGGUCCACUAUAUGACAAUCAGAGCCAAGGAUCUGACACUCAUCAGGCUCAGCAUUAUGAGAAUCCAGCUUAUAAUUUGGAUGCAAAUAAAAACGGGUUGCAGAAAAAUAUCAUAUAGGAACAUUAAGACUUACAUGUCUGAGAUAAACAGAAUUAGCCAGAGUCUAAUGUUGAAAGUGUUCCAUUGUGUAACAUAAACAGCAAUAGACUAUGAACAUAAGCCAUAUGUGUAACGUGUAUAAUAUUAUCCAUUUGAUAA